AUGACACAGUCAACUUCAAAGAUUGCUGUCAUUGCUGCGCUCGCACUGACAUUGGCCGUUAUUUCACUUGUCAAGGCUGAUCUCUACGUUCACAACCCAAGAGGAUCCAAUGACAGAAACUGUGAAAGAGAUGCUAACCGUAGAAAUGGUAACAGACUCUUCAACUCUGAAAACAAUGCCGCUGGUGGUUAUGCUUGUCCACGUGCUGUGGGUGGUCCUGGUGUUAAAACUCCAACCAUGUACUAUUAUGAAGGUUCUGAAUUGUAUUUGCAAUGGACCAAUCAACACUCUUGUGGUGUUCAUAACAAUUAUUGUCAACUCGUUAUUCAAUACAUGUGUAACGAUACUGUGAUUGGUACUGAUAAUACCUAUGGCGAAUAUUAUAGUGUGAGAGAUGGUAUUCCAAACGAUGCCAAUGACGAUGCAACUGAUACCAUUACUGAAGCUACUCAAAAUAAUUUGAGAUAUGGACAACAUGAACCAUUCGAUAACUAUAAGAAGUGUACCAUUCGUGAUCGUAACAAGGGUCUCUACAUUGCUGAUCGUGGUUUGGGUGGUAACAGUGCUAUUUAUACUCGUCAAAACAAUGGAGGUGAAAGAUUUGGUUUUGAAUGCACCGAAGAACAUGAUUAUUAUCCAUAUUGGCACUUCUCUCCUUGGGUUGAUAUUGCUAUCUUUACUUCGAAUACUUCCAUGUGUCAAUGGUAUCAAGAGAAUUCUCAAAAUGUGGUAGGACGUGGUGAAUGUUGGGACUCGACCAAAACCAAUUAUUUACGAUACAACAAUAUUAAGGAUUGUUUGACCAACAAUGCCAAUAACAAAUGGGUGACUGUUCCUGCUUGGGGUGUUCCUCCACCAGAAUGUCUCUCUGCUUCCUUGAUUGCUUCUCGUGACAAUCACUUGGGUAACACCAAUGACGGUUCGGGUGAAAUGGCUUCCUAUAAAUGGAAGAUUCCAUUCGUGAAGGAAAUGCCAAAGGAUCCCAUCACGAAUAAGGUUCAUCACAACAAUUGUGUAUUGAGAUUCCGUUAUAACAUUACCACAACUGAAAUUCCAUUCUUCUUAGAUUCCAAGUACAAUUAUGUUGCCAACUCCAAGACUCCAACCAAUACACCAAUUCGACAAGAUCCAUGGACUGAAUUUGGUUAUGAUCAUCCUCUCCAUUUGGCUGUCAAUACCAAUCAAUAUGGUAGAACUUUCCAAGAUCGAUCCUAUGUCUUUGCUAUUAAGGAACGUCCACAAAAUGUUCCAUCCUAUGUCACCAUUCACAAUUUGAAUGUUCGUGGUAAGAGAGGUAACAUUGUCAAUGUGUAUCCAAGUGUCGAAUAUGACUUUGUUCCAACUGAUUUGGAAGUCAAUGGUGAUGAUUUGAUUCACAUGCAAUGGACUGGUUCUGAUUACAAUCCUAACCGUACUCCCAACAAUGCUGAAGGUGGUCCAGAGGAUAAGGCUCAAGGUGGUUAUCGUGCAGAUCGUAACAAUAUUGUUCAAAUGGAUGUUGCUGGUUUGAACACUCCUCGUCCAUUCAGUGGUAUUACCAUGUUCUUGACUGAAGAUGGUAAAGUUGAUAAGGAAUUGGUUCACAAAUUGGCAUUCUUGGGUCAAAAUAUUUAUGACAAUUCUACAACCAAUCCAAAGGCUUGUCUUUCCAAGGCUCAACUCUUGGCACAGAACAAUCAAAAUACUGCUGCUGCUGAAUUGGAUGAUCAAAACUGUGGUAAACUUGCCAACACUCCCUAUGGUCCAUACUUUGAUGCUGGUUUGGUCAAGAUGUAUGCCUCUGGUAAAUUCUAUUACAUGUCUACUAGAAACAACAACUUCUCUAACAGAGGUCAAAAGGCUACAUUGACUGUGAGAAAUGCUCGAUUUGCUGCUGCUCCAACCAUGAUGUCUUUCAAUUACAGCGGUAUGAUGGUCUUGAUCAUGAUUUGCUUGUUCAUUGUGAAUCAAAUUGUUUUUUAA